GUGCAAAACGUGGACAACUCUGUUAUAAUCGAUACGUCUCGCACGAUAAGACUAUUUAACAGACUGUUAUUUAUAAUCUUAUGCAUUACAAAACGUGAUACGGGAGAUUAAAGAAUUUUGACUUGUAGCAUUUUCGUACUCCAUUCUUUUCUACUAAAAUAUUUAUUCGUUCUUUACACCGGAAAACGAGAAAAAUUUAGUCAACUGUGCGCUGUUGAGGAUAAAGUGUCUCUUUGAAAAUUAUGGAGUUUGUCUGGAAUUAUUAUUACAGCAUUACGAAAAGAAUGCUAUCAUUGGUUGGUCAGUGGCCCUAUCAGAAGAGAAAAGAGAGAUUGCCUCGAAUGACAAUAGUAUUCUUGACUGAACUUUCCGUGCUGGUUACGCAGGUGGGAAGAUUCAUUCAAUGUGGUAAAAACCUGCAAUGCAUCUUAAUAGGUAUACCGACGUAUCUUCUGCACACUGUGAUUACGGUGAAGUUACUCACAUGUCAAUUUUAUAGUAGCAAAAUUAAAUAUCUUACUGAUCAACUAUAUAACGAUUGGAAAAAUUUGAAAAGUCAGGAAGAAUACGAAAUUAUGAAAACAUAUGGAGCAAGAGCGAGAUUGAUUUCUUUGAUUUAUUCGUGUAAGAUAAAAUGUGUUUCCUAGAUCCAUUAUCCAAAUUAUCAGUGCGCAUUAUUUUACGUAUAUAUUAAUCAUCAGUUAACUAUUAUUCUGCACAAGAAUAUCUUUUAGCGAGAUAUACCCUCCCAAAAACUCAAAAAUAAAUUUUCGAGUAU